AUGGGUAUUAAAACAGUAGCAGUAUAUUCUGAUAUAGAUAGAGAAUCGAAAUUUGUUUAAAUGGCGGAUUAAUCUUAUAGGGUAGGACCUGCACCAUCAUUGUAAAGUUAUCUAAAUUCAAAUAAAAUAAUUGAAAUUGCGAAUGAUUCUAAUUGUUAGGCUAUACAUCCUGGAUUUGGAUUUUUGUCUGAAAAUGCAGAAUUUGCUGAUUAAUGCUAAAAAAGCGGUUUAAUAUUUGUUGGGCCUCCUUCAUCAGCAAUUAGAAAAAUGGGUUCAAAAAGUGAAUCUAAGAAUAUAAUGCAAAAUGCUAAUGUCCCUGUUGUUCCUGGAUAUCAUGGAAAUAAUUAAGAUAAAGAUUUUCUUUUUGAAUAGUCGAGGUAAAUAGGUUAUCCAGUUUUAAUAAAAGCAGUUUUAGGAGGAGGUGGAAAAGGAAUGAGAAUAGUUACUAAGGAAAGUGAAUUUUUUGAAAGUUUAGAAAGUGCUAAAAGAGAAUCCCUUAAAUCUUUUAAAGAUGAAAAUGUACUCAUAGAAAAAUAUAUUCAAAAACCAAGGCACAUUGAAAUGCAAGUUUUUGGUGAUCAUCAUGGAAACUAUGUUCAUUUAUUUGAAAGAGAUUGUUCUAUAUAAAGAAGACAUCAAAAAGUAAUUGAGGAAGCUCCUUCAAAUAUUACAAAUGAUUUAAGAAAUAGCAUAGGUUAAAGUGCUAUUGAUGCUGCAAAAGCAGUUGGAUAUUAUAAUGCAGGUACUGUAGAAUUCAUAUUUGAUUUAAAUUCAUAAUAAUACUAUUUUAUGGAAAUGAAUACUAGAUUAUAGGUUGAACAUCCUAUUUCUGAAAUGAUAACAGGAUAAGAUUUAGUUGAAUGGUAAUUACUUGUUGCUUCAGGAUAAAAAUUACCAAAAAAUCAAGAUUAACUUUCAAUUAACGGUCAUUCAAUCGAAGCUAGAAUUUAUGCUGAAAAUCCUUAUAAUAAUUUUUUACCUGGAAACGGUAAAUUAUCUUUCUUUAAAGAACCAUUAGAAGAGUAAGGAAAAAUUAGACUUGAAACUGGAGUUAGAUAAAAUGAUGAAAUUUCCAUUUUUUAUGAUCCUAUGAUUGCUAAAUUGGUUGUUUGGGGAAAAGAUAGAUAAGAAGCUAUAGGAACUUUAAAAAGAGCUUUAGGUGAAUAUAGAGUUAUUGGACUACCUACUAAUUUAAGAUUUUUGAGGGCUUGUAGUUUAAAUUCAGAAUUUAUUGAAGGUAACUAUGAUACUGGAUUUAUUUAAAGACAUAUUGAGAACCUACUAUAAAAACAAGAUAAAAUUGAACCUUAAUAUUUAAUGUGUUGUGUUGUUUCUAAAAUCGCAAAUGAUUUGGAUAAAAUAUCUUUACCUUAAAGUCUUAUAAAUUUAAGAAUAAAUCAUAAUCAUUAAUAGACCUUCAUUCUAAAUGCUUAAGCUACUUUUAUUGAAAAAGAAUUAAAAUAUGAAGUAAUUGUUUAAUAUUAAAAUUAAGGGUUAAUGAAUAUAAGUGUAAAAGACUUAUAAAAUCAAUUUUUACCUGAAAAAUAAUUUAAUAAUAUUUCAUAUACUGUUUCUGGAUCUUAAAUUACUAUUUUAUCUUCAGAGUUAACUUUAACUACAAAUUUCUAUAUUAAGGAAGAAUAAUGUUAUAUUUUUAAUGAAUUUGGGGAUACUUUAUAAUUCACUUUUGAAAGCAAUUUAAUUCAGGAUAGAGCUGGUUAAUAAUAAGAUAAUCAGCAUUCUAAAAUAAUCAAAGCACCUAUGCCUUGUACUUUAGUAAAAGUAGCUGUUGAAUAAGGAUAGGCUGUCAAAGCUGGACAAAUUUUAGUUAUAUUAGAAGCUAUGAAAAUGGAACACACUAUUAAAGCAAAAGAAGACGGAAUUGUUAAAUUAGUAAAAUAUUAAAACGGUCAAUUUGUACAUGCAGGUAAAACUAUAGUAGAAUUAGAAUGAAAUCUAAUUAAUAUUAAAUAGUUUAUUUAAUUUAAUAUUUUCUAUUUUUUUAAAGUUUAAUAAAUUACUUAUUUUUAAUUUUU